CAUCGUCAGCCCAGUUCAGUGUCUGUCUACUCAGCGGCUGCUGCUAUGAUUCGCAGAGCAUCGAGACGUCAGUGGUGAGAUUAUCGUCCCGCUUUAGCAUAAACAAAAGUCGCGGACGUUAACGAAGGACUAACGUGCCAAGUAUUGAAGAAUAUGAACAGAGUGGACGCACCAUGUCGACCCGCAGCCUCUCUGAAAUUCACCAUUGACAACAUCCUCAACCUCAAGACAAGCGGGAGGAACAGUGACAGCUGCCACGCCGCCGGACUGCAGGAUGACUCGGUCACGCCGGUGCGUAAAGACGGUUUCCAGAGUCAUCACGAUGAGCACGGAGCCCCGCAGAGGCAGGACCCGGACAGCAGGCUCCACCAAAGAGAGUUGACCACGGACUGCAGUGGAGCGACAGAAUCGGUCACCACGAGCCGGGGAGACGCGAUGAAGGCGGCGGAGGUGCGCUUCGAGAGCGGGGACAGCAGCUGCGACGACAGCUGCUCCACCACCGCGGCAUCGGACGCACACCAGGGAGGCAGCCCGACGAAGAAGAGAGAGAAAAUUAUCACGAAAAAAAAGACGCGCACUAUUUUUUCCAAGAGACAAAUUUUCCAGUUGGAGUCUACCUUCGACAUGAAACGCUACCUGAGCAGCGCGGAGCGCGCCUGCCUCGCCAGCUCUCUGCAGCUGACGGAGACGCAGGUGAAAAUAUGGUUUCAGAACCGCAGGAAUAAAUUGAAACGGCAGAUCUCCAACGAAAUCGACGGACCCGUUAGUGAUUUCCCCGAGACUGGAAAGCCGGUGGUGGUGGGGCAGCUCCCGGCCUUGUACAAAGAGAGCAACUUGCUGGGCAGAUGUCUGCUGCCCAUGCCUCUGCCCGUGGUCUACCCCGGCAGUAGCACGCCUUACCUCUGCUUCUCAAACGCCAGCAAGUACUUCAGCCUGUAUGACGGGGACAUGUGAUGGGUUCAUGUGGAAAAUGACACUUUUUUUGGUGGUUUGUUGCCAAGUUUCAAGCAUUUAAGGUGUUUUCGAUGAUGGGACCGGAUCUGCGGCCUUCAUGUUAUUGAAGGGUGCAAGUACAACGAUAGAGGAGUAGUUACAUAUCACAUUAAUAAAUAAGCUGAUUUGGUAUUAUUUAUUUUUCAUUCGGUUAAGGGUUUUUUUUUUUUAUAACAUAUAGGCCUGACACUAAACUUUACACAACGUUGUUUUUAGAAAAGUGAGACCAAGUUAAUGAUAGCCUAAAAGGAGGCCUAAAACUAUCACCGUCAACAUUUUAUUGUUUCCAUUUCAUUAUUAUUAUUAUUAUUAUUACAGUACUAUCAUUAUUAUUAUUAUUAUUAUCAACGGCAUUUCCAGCAGCCUAAAGCCACCAAAGAAAUUAUACUAUAGCCAAGCUAUCUGCAUGUAUUUCCUGUAUCGUAAUGGAUUUUGAAUUACAGAAAUUAUCUAUGUAUUUAAAUGAAUGUAAUUAUCAUUUUAUUCUACGUUUCACGCAUGUCUAUUUUAUUUUUAUUAUUUUUUUGACCAUCAUACUAUUUCCUUUUUAUUCCACAAUCGCCCAUAUAGGCUCAUUACACCAUUUACUGAAACUAAUUAAAAUAUCAUUCAAGAAAUAUUUCUCUCAGGACUGAUUCAGUAUUUUCAGGUGAUUUUUGUGUUGCAGACAUCAGUGGUUUGUUUUUACUGAUAACGGAGGUAACAUAACAACAAGUCAUUGUAUUAAUCCAAACAUAUAGAAGGCAACGAUUGCAGCCUGCUGAUUGAAAACCUGAACAGACACAACAUAAAAACUUUAAAAGCUUGAAAGUCCACUUUUAGAAU